GACGAAACCUCCUUCACAACUGAAAUCACUUCCGAUAAGGAACAUGUACCCGAUAGGGCUACCUGGGGUGGCGAGUACGAAUUCGUACUCACUUGUGUGAGUUAUGCAGUCGGUUUGGGCAACGUCUGGCGUUUUCCCUACCUCUGUUUCAAGCACGGUGGAGGUGCCUUCCUCGUUCCCUAUGUCAUCAUGCUGGCGGCCACGGGCCUCCCGGUCUUCUUCAUGGAAUUUGCCUUUGGACAAUUUGCCAGCCUCGGGCCAAUUUCUAUCUGGAGCAUAAGUCCACUUUUUAAAGGUUUGACUGUUAUUUAA